UUCAGCUCCGGCAGCGGCCAACUCGCUCAGGCUCUCCGCCCGGGGGAAAGAUCCAGACAGGAGACGUCUUCCAAAGGGGACUCCCUCAUCGCCUUUUUUUUUUUUUUUAUGUCCGAAGCGAUGAUAAUCUACGACUAGGACGUACUUCAACGCAGAUUGUUUAUUCAUGACACCAGUGGAGCAGUCAUGGAGCUCAACAAAAUCGUGACCCUGUGGAUAUUUGGCUUGUGUGUCAUCGGAGAAAGUCGCACUGACAGGCCCAGUUCCUCCACGGCCGACACUGCUGAAAAUGGAAUAUCAGAUUUCUGUCGCAUCGACGGGACGCUGUGCCGGGACGAAAACCCCGUCCUCAGCUUCGAGGCCAUCCGCAGCAUCCACAAGCAGAUGGACGACGACAAGAACGGCAACGUGGACGUGGUGGAGACGGACGGGUUCCUGAGGGAGGACUUGAACUACCAUGACCCCAAGGCCAAGCACAACAGCUUCCACGGGGACGACCAGUUCAUCAGCGUGGAGGAUCUGUGGAAUGCAUGGAAGGGAUCUGAAGUGUAUAACUGGACUGUGGACGAGGUGGUGGAAUGGCUCAUCACCUACGUGGAGCUGCCGCAGUACAUGGAGGCCUUCCGCAAGAUGAGUUUUAACGGUAGCGCCAUGCCCAGGCUGGCCGUGAAGAACGCCACUCUGACACACUCCAUCCUCAAGAUUCUGGACCGUAGCCACAUUCAAAAGCUGCAGCUCAAAUCGCUGGACACCGUGCUGUUCGGAGCACCCCUCAUGAACAGACACAACCACCUGAAGGACUUCAUGCUAGUGGUGUCCAUCGUAAUCGGAAUGGGUGGUUGCUGGUUCGCGUACAUCCAGAACCGCUACUCCAAGGAUCACAUGAAGAAGAUGAUGAAGGACCUGGAGGGCCUGCAGAGGGCUGAGCAAAGUCUGCACGACCUCCAACAAAAGCUGCAGAUCGCCCAGGAGGAGCACCGCUCGGUGGAGGUGGAAAAGGUCAACCUGGAGCAGAAGCUGAGGGACGAGAUCAGCACGGCCAAGCAGGAAGCCCAGCGGCUCAGGGAGCUGCGCGAGGGCACCGAGAACGAACUCAGUCGACAGAAGUACGCCGAAGAGGAGCUUGAGCAGGUGCGCAUGGCUCUGAAGAAAGCGGAGAAGGAGCUGGAGUCGCGGAGUAGCUGGUCCCCUCCCGAGUCGCUGCAGAAGUGGCUGCAGCUCACCCACGAGGUGGAGGUUCAGUACUACAACAUCAAGAAGCAGAAUGCCGAACGGCAGCUCCUGUUGGCCAAAGAGGGGGCUGAGAAGAUCAAGAAAAAGAGGAACACCCUCUUUGGGACUUUCCACGUGGCGCACAGCUCAUCCCUGGAUGACGUGGACCACAAAAUUUUGGCAGCAAAACAAGCGCUGGGCGAUGUGACGGCCGCCCUGCGCGAGCGUCUCCACCGCUGGCAGCAGAUCGAGCUGCUCACCGGAUUCACCGUGGUCAACAACCCGGGUCUGCCGUCGCUGGCGUCGGCCCUCAACCUGGACCCCAGCUUCACGGGGGGCCGCGCCACACCGCAGCACUUCAUCGUGUCCGACGACACGGACGACCUGGACGAGGACAUCGUGCCCGCCGUGCUGCAAUACGGCGCUCGGCUGUUGGAGCGGCGAGCCAGUGACCUGUGGUCCGGCGGCUCGGAUUGUCAGCCCGUGUGGAAAAAUCUCGCUCCCAGCAUGAUGUCCCUGCGCCAGCGCCACAUUGACCCCCACCUGUCUUUGAGCUCGCAGAGGUUGGUAGAGGGUUCCCCGCCGGAGGGUCAGCAGUGGGAGGGAGCCUCGCACCCGGGUCCUCUGCCUCGGCCCGCCUUCCGAGAGUCCCGCAGCCAGUCUUUCGGGCACCUCGAGAGUCUGUGUCUGCCCCCGCUGUCCUCAGCCGUGUCCCACCCCGCCAUCAUCUGUAGCUCGGCCGCCAAUCCGCAUUCAUUCUCCUCUGUCAGCCCUCAUUCCUCCCACGUUUAUUACCCUUCCUUCCAGCCCAUGGACCCCAUUCCUGACCUCACCUUCUCUGACGUCUCCAAAGCGCACUCUGCGCGUAGCGACAGCUUCGGGGACCUUCAUCGGUCGGACUCGGACUCGUCGCUCUCCCUGUCGCAAGUGGGCGACCGUCUGUCGGCGCUGGGCUCCAAAGGCCUCCUGAUGAAGCCCACCUCCCUGCUGCACGGCCUGCCCAACGGCGGCACCCGGUUCCACGAGAGUGGCGCGGGCGAGCACGUGCCUGACAGCCCCGUCCUCAUGAAGAGGGUCCAGCAGCAGCAGGAGGCGGCGGCGAUGGCGGAGGCCCACAGCCCCGCCGAGUCCACCCGCUCCCUCAGCUCCACCGAGCCGGAGACCCCCUCGCCCACUUGGGCGACGGGGACCAAGGGCAACACCCGCAUCCCCCAGCUGUUGGCCAAGAAGAGCCCGCUGGAGGAGGACAGCGCCUCCACGGGCGAGGACACGGAUUCCACCGCCAGCCGCAAGAAACACACCUUCAAGAUCUUCAAGAAGCAGAAGAAAUGAGGCUACUGGUUUUUGUUUUUUUUUUCGGGGUGGGGGGGCGUCCUUUUUAUUGUCCAGCACUGUUUGUUGCCUCUUAAAACUUUGUGAGGUUUAGUUUCGAACCUUGUGGGCUGUGGGAGCAAGCAGCUGCUUUUACUAGUCACAGACAGUUAACGAUACGCGGCUUUUUGGUGAAAUUCCCAGAUGAAGCCAAGAUCGAUGCACUACAACCUCUCCAGCAACGGUGUCAAACUGGUGGCCCGGGGGCCAGAUCCGGCCCGCCACAUUUUAUGUGGCCCGCGAAAGCAAAUCAAAAUCGCUAAUUGUCUGAUAUCCCAACUGGCUAUUCAUCAAUGUUGUGUAUACUGUAUGUAACUACAGUAUCGGAGGUAAUCUUUCAUCUAUAUGGGUUAACAGUUGUAGUGGCCCACCGAGGGAAGUCAUAACUACGAUGUGGCCCGUGACAAAAAUUAGUUUGACACCCCUGCUCUACAGGAUGAUUUCGCGACAUUUUUGAAUGCGCAAAGGAAAUUCCGUGGAAACAUUUGUUCAUGGAGUGAGACGCACAUUUCAUCAAAUGAAGCACUUAUCAAUGACUAUCGUAUUGAUCAGACGCCUCAAAGGCAUUUUCUUGCAGUUAUGUAUAAACUGUUUGGAUGGGUUGUCGCUGAGUAAUUUAGCAAAACGUAAUGGCUAGCCUGCUAGCUGAUGUUAGCUAUACAGCAUGCUAUCCAUUUCAGUGUCAAAAGAGCGCGUCUGUGAUAUUAACCCAAGGAACACGAAAAUCAAUUAGUCUGUCUCUAAAUGAUCAUGCUGUCAGAUUUUCCACCACGCCUGUCUUUAAAUCGACUUACUUGUUGACUUCUAAAAUUGCUCCCGGUGUUCCGUCGCUCUUUCGAGCAAUGUACCUCACGUAACAUCUUAUUUUCCGAAUUUGUUUACUCGUGGUUCCAUCGGAGCCAUUGCCACCCGGAAGUAUGUGUGAUUUCAUGGUAAAAAUGUCUCUUUUUUUUUGGGGGGGGGGGGGUAACUUAUCCUCCCUUAUUUGCUGUUUUUGUGCUCGUGCUGAACUAUCCCUAGAUGGGACCAAAGCCCUGUCUCAUAUAAACGUAGUGGUUUGGCGCCAUCUUGUGGCAUCGUGGUCCCUCGGAACAAUGUUGAAGUGAGGGGAAGACACCCUGGCUGCUAUAAAAGUAGAGUUGUGGCAUCAAUUCUCGUGGCAUCUAGAGGCAAUUAUGAACCUUUUUGGGAGCCUGUCAAAUACUGGUGGAUGUUUGCUAUUCGCAGCAGCAUAUUUGCUGUUUUCUAACAAAGAGCUGAAGCGUUUGCGUGUUCAAUUGGAAUUCUUUUUGAAUCAGUCCUCUUCAUCUUGCUGUUAACACGUGGACAUCGUGAUACCGAGACGACCGCUGAGAAUCGAUCAGUAGUACCUCAUGCUUAGAAUGUCAUCGGCAGGGUGCAAAAGAGAGACCGGAAGAGUCACAGAAAGGCCUAGGAAUCAAACACCAGUUGUGAAAUUUGCUAUUGUUAAGAGAACUCACUUCACUGAAAAGUGUCAAGAAGGUUGGUUCAUGUUCUGUUGUAAAAGUUGUAGUCCAUUUUAGGUUCAUCUUCAAAUUUCACCCAAAAGCUGCACACCUGUCACUUUUUGUGACUAGUAUGUGCGUGCGUGUGUGAGAGGGAGGGUUGCAAUGUAAAGAAUGAUUUAUUCUAUGCCAGUUUCAAAGGGAAACUUUUUUUUUUUUUUUUUUUCCUGGGCAUGUCUUUUGUUGCAUGCUGAAAAUACACACUCCCCCCCACCCCCCUUUCUUUCUCCCCCCAAUCCUCUUGCCAACUCAUCGAUGACUCAGAAGGGCUCAUUUGGUCAAGUGUGAGUUUAUUUUAUUUUAUUUUGACACGGACUAAACAGCCCUACGGUGUUGAAACUGGAUCUGUCUGUUUAUUUUGUGUGCAAAACUCUGGAUUUAUGCUGUUGUUUUGAGUAACUAUUUAUUUAAAUGGGCGACUUGUGUUGUCAGGAGAAACAAUGUUAGCAAAAAAAAAGAUAGAUUACAAAGAAAAACAGAUUUUCUCUUUUUAUUUGUAUUAUUUUUUUAACCACUUCUCCCAGGAUCCAAAUGCAGUAGAAUUCAAACAGAAGGCCCCUCUCAGAAUCGCUGUAUUUAUGAGUCGCUUGACCAAUGAAUGGCCUUUUGAGUUUCUGAGGGUGUCAUGGUUAAAAAUAUGUAUCACACAACCACCAUCUAAUGUGGGUGGAGCUUGGGGUGCAAAGGCCAAUUUGCUGUGGCUUGCAGGUGUAAUGUCUUAUUUUAUUUUAUUUCUAUAUUGUAUAUAGUUUUUAGUGGGUGCUGGAAAAGGGCUAAACAUAACGAUUUGGUACCAAUCCACCCAAAUAGUGAAGAAAAAGGCCAACAAUCCCACAUCAAAGUGCCAAAGCUAGACGCCAUCUUGUAAUAGUGUUCCAGCAACAAUUCUUUCUUGGUCGGAUGUUUACAUUUGUGAAGGGGGCCUCACAUGACUAUGCAUCUGUACUUUCAGCUUCUUCUCGUCCACCAAAAAAGAAAAAGACAGUCGGUCAAACUCUCGAGAUGCGGUUUUGAAGAUUUUACAAACGGCUACUUUUUAUUUUGAUUUCUUUUGCAGAAAUCAGUACGCCUUUAGCUUGACAGCUGUACUGCACAUGACAUCCUGGAUGUUUUUUUUUGUUUUUUUUUGGCGACGCAUGUCAAAGAGCUUCGAUCGACUUCCCCAGCUGACCUGUUCUAAUAAGUUCUUAUCUAUCAACUUUUGAGCUUGUACUUGUGAAAUCCAGACCGUAUAUUUGUACAGAGACAACGACAACUUUUUGCAUCUCCAGUGAUGGUCUUUUA